CCUCAUUGAUCAUGCCUUUCCUGUUUUCUAGAAGAUUAAUGUGUCGAUUGAUGGCGAUAAAUACGGGACUUAUAAAUUUCUAUCUUUUGAUGUCAGUUUCGCAUGAAGGUCUGUUCACGGUUGCACUCAUUAUAAACGUAAUGAGCUGGGUUUUUAUUGAAUUUAGACUUCUUCACGUGAAGGACGUAAAGAUAAUUGACUGCGCGUUUAUUGAAGACACAAAUGAAGAAAAAAUUGGUCUUCAGAUCGAAAGGGGUAUUACUAGUCAAGACUUUAGAAGAGCUUUCUUUUUCGUACUUUACAUUAUUUUAGCAUUUUUCGGUACAGGAAAUAUAGCAUCAUUGAAUUCAUUCGAAUUGAGAUGGGUGACUUGUUUUAUAACAUCAUUUCAACCAUUUUUGAUUACCACAUUGAUCUUGAUGAAAACGUUGUCACCAUUUUUAAUCGUCGGCUGUGCUUUUAGAUCCGUACAGUUUGUCACUAAGGCACCACUUGGCUGUUUGAAUAUAAUAGUUCUUAUAUAUUCAAACAUAAUGGGACUCCAAUUAUUAUUUUAUGUGCGGAAUAAUGGGAGCUGGCUGGAAAUUGGAACUUCAAUAUCACAGUUCGUAAUCGUACAAGUUAUAACCUUGUUCAUUGUGCUAAUAAAUCAAAUUGCGAAAACCAUGACGGAUUUCAGCAUUUAUAACUUUGCCAAUCAAAUUCUAGAGAAACGAAAAAAAAGCGUUUAGAUGUAAA